AUGGUCCGUCUGAUAACACACAAUCUCCUCGCUUGCCAUGCCAAGGGCUGCACAUCCAACAACUUUCCCCUUCAGUUCCAGGACGUCUCCAUCGAGCUUCGCGACGCCGAUUUCAACGCCGACUUCCUACGCGGCUUCCUACCCCGCCUCGAGUGGCCCGCCCUUGUCGGCGCCGCGCGCCAGCUGGGAGACACCUCGCUCCCCGCCGAACAACCGGACAUGAUCGACGACGAGUUCCUGCAGAAGCUACACCACGUUCUGCUCGAGAUACAUGUAGAGGAAGGCGCGAUGGUGUGCCCGAACUGUAAGCACGUCUACCCGAUCUCGAACGGUAUCCCAAACAUGCUCCUCGCCGAACACGAAAUAGGUUGAGGUCAGUGACGAGGUGGUCGAGGGUUCGCGAAAACAAGAGGCGAAAACCUCGUCGUAGCGCCUUGAUCUCCAAUCGCGCAGCGAGCCUCAAAAAUGUCUGUCGAUUCAACUGCCGCUUUGAUCGCCCCAGAAGCGACGGAAUCGGACGGGGAUAUGGAUGGACGUGGGCCAGACGUUGGUUGGCAGACCCAGGUCGGCGUGGACAUUGGAUAGCAACAGCGAUGGUGGUCUUAGCAUCGAUCUGAAUCCACAGCACUACUCGCCCCAUCUUCCUUCCUGCCGUGCAAUCCAGCUCGCUUCCCCUACUACAUCUCUUACACCAGCCACACCCUGGGAGCUGUGAGCGGGCGUUACUCUAGAGGCGAAUGAAAGAUCUACUAUGAACGAGCGUAGUGUGCUGUCUGCCUCUCGUUCACCUCGUAUCCAUAUGCGUCUAUUCAGGAGAGACCUGCAGCGACACUCUGACGAUCUAGC